CGAGCAGCAAGUGACCAACUCCUCAUCAAUCACACCGCUGCAAUCCACGAUGGUCAAGUCCUUUGUGCCGUUCGCGACUCUUCUCCUUGCGACGGCAUCCGCCGCCUCCGUACCCGAUGGUACGUGGCCCACAAGCACCGGAACCGUCCAAUACGCUGAAGCCUACAUUAUCAAGGCUGGUGAAGUAUUCGACGGCAAGAUGCAGACGUUCGAGCGCUCCGACGUCUCGUGUGAGGGUCAAACCGAGAGUGGAGCCGACACCGCCGCCAAGCUGAGUAACAUCCACGUGAAGACGACGAACGGCAACAACGAUGUGAAGGUGUGUCAGUGGUCGCAGGGCGGCAGUUCGCCGUCGAACCUGGGCGACGGUCCGUCGGGUACGCUGUGCCAGUACUCGGAGAGCGACGUCCACAUCAACGAGUAA